AUGGAGUUGCAAUGUUCUAUAACCAUCCACUCAAGCACCCUGGAGGACGACGAAGGCAAUGAAUUCAAGGAAGAGUAUGUGGUCCGGCAGCUUUCCGAAUGCACUGGGAGCUUAGAAUCGCUGGAAACCGCGUUGGAAACAAAGGCGAACAAUGCAAUCUCACUAAAUGACCCGAAAGGGUUGAAGGCCAAUGAUAUGGAGACUGGCUGGUCCGGCAAUCAAUCGCACGAGAAGGCCGGUAGCAAAUCCGUUGCUGCAGCUGGGACUUUCGCAACCUGGCGUUCAGUCCUGCGAGAAUCUGAGAAUUCAGGGUUAGAUAUGCAAGACGUGGUGUCUGCUCAUCUCGAGUUCCGUGGAGUCAGCCAAUUCUUCAAAAAGGGUAUCACCUUUAGCCAUAGAUCCCCAUCCUGUCCGGAGAAGAAGCUAUCCAGAGAGACCUUGACGUCGACAUCUCAACUUGGAGUCCGAAGUUGA